AUGCCAGAAGCAAAUGAAGAUGUUCCUAGCAAAUGUGCUUACGAGGACGCUGUCAAUUUGAGUGGUACCGGAAAAUACAACGUUUGUCUCCUAAUAGUGUGCUGUCUGCUCAUAGUAGCUAUGUAUAUUGAUAUAUUCGGCUUCUCUGUUGCACUACCGAUAGUUGCUUGCGACAUGGGACUCUCUACAUCCGAGCAAGGCUUACUCUCAGCUAUGCCAUUGAUUGGUGUAAUGUUAUCUUCAUAUGCAUGGGGUCUCGCAGCAGACAUUCUGGGUCGACGAAAAACUUUAUUAAUCGCAAUGCCAAUUGGAAUGCUGUUGAAUAUCGGCGCUAGCAUGGCUCCAACUUACAUAGCUCUGGCUCUAUUGAAGUUUUUCUCUGCUGCAUUUACCUCUUCAGCAAACGCAGCCGCUUUUGUACUGUUAGGAGAGAGUAUGCCCAGUAAAUAUCGUGGUCGUUCCAUGUUUCUGAUGGCCAGCGCUACCAUGUACUGCCAAUUCAUUAUUUGCAUUAUUGCCUUACCAAUUAUUAAUCUGUCGUUUUCUGUGGACAUUUCUUGGCUAUUACUCACGUAUAGACCAUGGCGAUUAUUGCUUCAAGCUAUCAGUCUCCCCGGUAUUAUUGGUGUGAUCGGAUUAUUGUUCACUCUGGAAACCCCCAAAUUUCUCCUAAGUAAAAACAAAGAUGACGCCGCUCUCGAGGUACUGACAAGGAUUUAUACGAUCAAUAAGGGAUUGCCAAAAGAUACCUAUCCGGUUAAAACUAUAAUUCUAGAUGAAAUAACAACGCCUGAAACUAAGGGUAAUGAAUCGUUUUUACGUAAAAUGUGGAACCAGACCGCACCUCUCUUCAAACCUCCACUUCUUAGGAACUCACUCAUCAUUUAUUACAUUUUACUUUGUGCUUAUAUGACUUCAACCGGCUACACUAUGUGGGUACCAACAAUAACUAAUGCAUUUUUCGAUGGUGAGGAAAGCUGGGGGAAAACGUUCUGCGAAGUUGCUAGCACUUCAGCUUCCUCCAGCAACAGCACAAAUACAGAUUGCGAAGAUAUAGUGAAGCCGAUGACUCUGUACGCUGUCAUGUGUUACUCCGGCAUAUCUGGAACUCUGAACAUAUUCCUGACAUUUUUGGUCGGACCUCUCGGCAAACGACGAUUGACAAUGCUGGUCUUCACAGUCGCUAUAGUUUGCGGAAUAAUCCUACUCUUCAUUAGGAUACCAUUAAUGAGCAUCGCGCUGUUUUACUUCUUUCUCUAUGUAGCUCUUAUUUUGGGCAACGCUAAUACUUAUCUUGUUGAACUUAAUCCAACUUAUUUGAGGGGUAUGGCUACGUGCUUGUCUGUGGUUGUGGCCCGAGGGUUCGGCUUUAUAAGUGUUCAGCUCAUCGGAAGACUGCUUGCAGACCACUGCACUUCAACAGUAGCUGGUUACAUCGGUCUCAUCUCUACUGGCCUGAUAGUUUCCUUCUUCCUACCCAAAGAUAAAUCGACGAAGGACGAUGUCAGUUUUACAACUAUGAGCGAAGAAGAUGGAACGAAGUUGUGA